GCUACCAUAUCAACCUUAAUGUUAUCAUUAUUUAUAGGUUUUCUCAAUUCUGUUUGUUAAAUUCUGAACAAAAUUACCCUGGGCAGCCGACAAUAUGCAAGAGUUGUUGUCUUUAGUAAAGCACCUCUGCCAAAUUACCGCCCUGAUUUGGAUGAUAAGCGUCCACAAAGAGAGGUAAUCUUACCUUUUGGUGUUCAUAGAGAAGUAGAUACUCAUCUCCGCGCCCAUCUUUCACAAAAGCCUACAAAAAGGCUAGGUUUUUUUUUUAUGAUUCUUUGCAUAGAUCAAGUGAUUCUGGAAGUAUUCGCACCAAUGACGGGAUUUAUGAGAAGCCAGUGCCUAGGAUCCAUAAUUCUGUUGUCAAGGAGAAAAUCCUUCAGCGAAGAAGUUUGGAACUGCGUAAUAAGCAAGAGGAUUGGCAGGGGUCUCCUGAAGGGCAAAGGAUGCUCGAAUUUCGUAGAAGUCUUCCUGCAUUCAAAGAGAAAGAUGCAUUUUUGAAAGUCAUUUCAGAUAAUCAGGUCAUUGUUGUCUCAGGUGAAACUGGUUGUGGUAAGACCACACAACUUCCCCAGUACAUACUAGAAUCUGAGACUGAAGCUGGACGUGGUGCUGGAUGUAACAUAAUUUGUACUCAGCCUAGAAGAAUAUCUGCUAUGUCUGUUUCUGAAAGAGUUGCAGCAGAACGUGGGGAGAAAUUGGGAGAAUCUGUUGGCUACAAAGUUCGGUUGGAGGGUAUGAAAGGAAGGGAUACUCCUCUUCUUUUUUGUACCACAGGUGUAUUAUUGAGGAGACUACUAGUGGAUAGGACUUUAAAUGGUGUAACUCAUGUUGUUGUUGAUGAAAUUCAUGAACGUGGAAUGAAUGAAGAUUUUUUUUUGAUUGUCCUGAAGGAGCUUCUUCCUCGCCGUCCUGAUUUGAGAUUAAUUUUGAUGAGUGCAACCUUAAAUGCUGAGCUUUUCUCUUCCUACUUUGAUGGUGCUCCAACUAUGCACAUUCCUGGUUUUACAUAUCCAGUCCGAGCACAUUUUCUGGAGGAUAUUCUGGAAAUGACUGGAUAUUGGUUGAAUCGUUAUAAUCAAAUUGAUGACUAUGGUCAAGAAAAAACAUGGAAAAUGCAGAAACAAGCUUUAGCUUUCUGGAAAAGAAAGAGCCAAAUUGUUUCUGCUGUUGAGGAUGUGCUAGAAGUUGCAGAUUUCCACAGAUAUAGUCUACGCACUCGGGAGUCAUUGUCCUGCUGGUUCCCUGACUCACUUGGUUUUAACCUUAUUGAACAUGUGCUUUCUCACAUUGUCAAGAAUGAAAGGCCAGGUGCUGUUUUGGUUUUUAUGACUGGGUGGGAUGACAUAAACUCCUUGAAGGAUAAGCUCCAAACUCAUCCUUUGUUAGGAGAUCCCAGUCGUGUCUUGCUUCUUGCAUGUCAUGGAUCCAUGGCCAGCACUGAGCAGAGGUUGAUAUUUGAAAACCUUGAAGGUGCGGUGAGGAAAAUUGUUCUGGCAACUAAUAUUUCUGAGACUAGUAUUACCAUCAAUGAUGUUGUCUUUCUGGUUGAUUGUGGUAAAGCUAAAGAGACAUCAUAUGAUGCACUAAACAACACUCCUUGUUUACUUCCAUCUUGGAUAUCAAAAGCUGCUGCCCGGCAGAGAAGAGGAAGGGCUGGUCGUGUUCAACCUGGUGAAUGCUACCAUCUAUAUCCCAGAUGUGUUUAUGAUGCUUUUGUUGAUUAUCAAUUGCCAGAACUUUUAAGAACACCUUUGCAGUCCUUAUGUUUGCAAAUCAAAAGUUUACAAAUUGGAAGUUGA